UGUGAAGCGGCAGUGAGGAGACUCCGGCGCUUGCCAUGGCCGACGAAAAGCCCAAGGAAGGAGUCAAGACUGAGAACAACGAUCAUAUUAACUUGAAGGUGGUGGGGCAGGAUGGUUCUGUGGUGCAGUUUAAGAUUAAGAGGCAUACACCACUUAGUAAACUAAUGAAAGCCUACUGUGAACGACAGGGUUUGUCGAUGAGGCAGAUCAGAUUCCGAUUUGAUGGGCAGCCAAUUAAUGAAACAGACACACCUGCACAGUUGGAAAUGGAGGAUGAAGAUACAAUUGAUGUGUUCCAGCAGCAGACAGGAGGUGUCUACUAAAAAGGGAACCUGCUACUUUACUUCAGAACUCUGUUCCUACAGACCAAGAAUAUAUUCUUAAUUAGAAAACUGCAAUUUGGUUCCACCACAUCCUGACUACUACAGUAUAGUUUUCUCUAUUCUUUCAUUUUCCCCUUCCCCAUUCCUUUAUUGUACAUAAAGUAACUGGUGUAUGUGCACAAGCAUAUUGCAUUUUUUUUUAACUAAAUGGCCAAUGAUAUGUUUUGAUUGACAUCAAAUGGAGAUGGGAUGGGGAAAAAUACUGGUUCUGUGAAAUUAUCCCCUUUCUCCAUUAGUGGCAUGCUCAUUCAGCUCUUAUCUUUAUAUUCCAGUAAGUUAUUUUGCUCUCACUGUUUUAACAAAA